CGAUUGGUGAGGGCGUCUGUCGAUUAGCGCGAGCUGGCGCGUUGCUGCAAUGGAUUGGAUAUUUGGACGACGGCUGUAAAAGAUGUCAAUGGGUCUUGUGCCCCCUCUCCCCAGUUGUCAGACUAGGCUGAUUGAGAGGAUGAGAGGAGACGAUCCGUUUGUUGGGAUGAGGAACCUGAAGCGCUUCAGCGAUAGAGCUGCUGUCGGCGAUUUUUUGCUUCGCCGGGCUGCAGACAUUCGGGAUCCCAAUGAUCACAUCCUGUCGCAGGAAGACUUCGAUGAGAUAACGGAUUUCAACGACCUCCCGACAUCACUCUUCGCCUGCAACGUACAUCAGUCUGUUUUUGAAGACGAACAAGGAAGGGAGAAAUUUGAGGCGCUUUUCUUGGCCUAUGAUGACCAUGCCACAUUCCAGCUGUUUAAAAGUUUCAGACGUGUACGAAUUAACUUCAGCAAUCCCAAAGUAGCAGCCCGUGCCAGGAUAGAGCUCCAUGAAACAAAGUUCAAUGGGAAAAAGCUAAAACUCUACUUUGCACAGGUUCAAAAUCAAGGUCCAGAUGGAGAUAAUCUGCACCUUGCCCCUCCUCAGCCAGCAAAACAAUUUCUCAUCUCCCCUCCAGCAUCACCGCCUGUGGGUUGGGAACAAAUAGAUGAUGCCACACCAAUCAUCAACUAUGAUCUCCUCUAUGCGGUGGCAAAACUGGGACCUGGAGAGAAGUAUGAAUUACAUGCAGGAACAGAAUCAACUCCCAGUGUGGUGGUCCACGUCUGCGAUAGUGAAGCAGAGGAUGAGGAUGAACCGAAGAAUUCUCCAAAACCAAAAAUAAUUCAAACCAGGCGCCCUGACCUGCCACCAGCAAUGUCCAAUUGAAACAUUGGUGCACACUUUCAGUCAAGUAUCAUCUAGUGCUCUCUGCUACAGCCGUACUCUGUUGAAAGGAAGAUUUGUCUGUCAGUCACAGGAGCAUUUGUUUUAAGCCCCCGAUUGUGUUUCUAAGGUCUACAAAAAUAGGAUGGAAGGGGUUACUAUGUGAAUGCCUGUUUGCAACAUACAGUCUAGUAUCUGAUCAUAUCAUAAAGCAUCAUUUAUGUCAGAAUGGCAUUAGUAAAACCCAUGAAUAAUUGAAAAGCUUGGCAUUAUAAUUCCAAGGUAAAUUACAUCUAAAUGAUUCAGAACCUGGUAACAUGUGUUCUAAAUGAUUUGAUAUAAGCGCUUGAUCCAAUUUUAGAUUAGACUUAAAGUCUUGAGCUAUAUUGUGAUUACACCUAUCAUGUUCUCUGACUUGGUCAGAAACUAAAACGGUUAAUGAAUAGUCUGAGUUUUACUUUUUUUCACAUUGAAUUGCCAAUGAUGUCCUUGAUGAAAAUCCUGUGAGACUAUUUGUAGAAAACGUAAAAUGUAUAGGCAACACUGGGGGAAAGACUAAUUUUCAUUUAUAUCAAUGUGCAGUACAUAAUGUCAGCAUCUUCUAAUAUAAUCUUGUGAAAGGGUGUAACUGUAAUUUGUAUUUUAUCACUCUGUUUUAAUAUUGAUACAAUGUACUGAUUGUAGUUAUAUACAAUAUACUUACUAAAACAAAAAAGAAUGAUAACAUGAGCAUAAAGGCAGAUAGACAAAUAAGUAUUAUCAUGAAUUUUCCAAUCUGCACUUAUCUGACCAGGAUGAGUAUCAAUAGACCAUAUUAUGUAUCACCUGCUGCACUGAAGAACGCCUAUUGUGCUGCUUCAUGACACAUUUAUACUCCAACCUGUGUAAGGUAACCUCUUAUCCCAAACUAUGGUACACAUUUUAAAAAAUGAGAUUUCCAUAAACAUAGGAUUUUAAUUUUUUUGACAUUUUCUUUUACUGUGCCACUGUGCUAAUACUUCAGCAUGACAAUCAGAGGUGUUUAAGAAUCUGUGUGGAAAAUGUGGUCUAUAAAUUACUUAAUGCUGUGAUGAUACAACGUGUACUUCAUGCCUUUGGGGUGUAGAUUCUAGUAACUUAAUCGAGCAAAUCUAAAAACUAGACUGAACUCUAUCAACAUUCAGAACAAAUAAUUUAGCCUUCUUUUUGAUUCUAUUCCAUUUUGAGAAAUUCAGAAGAUAUUUAAUAAAAGUUAGAAAAAUUGAGUAGGAAACAAAUGUAAAAUAAACUAAAUAUUUUGGUUUCCAAUCAUAUUUUCAGUUUUCAUGUAAUGGAAUAUUUUUAAUGGCUAUCAACUUUAAUACCAUAAGUAUUUGCUUUUAUCUGGUUAGGCAUUUAUUUUGCUUUGCUCAGUUAAUCAUAUCUAUCAAGGAUGAUGAAUAAUAUGUAAUGACCAUUGCGUUUAAUGUAUAAGUCAAUGCUUCUAUGAUGUUCCAACAUGUUGCAAGAAACAAGUUUUCUGUUGGGUUUCUGCUCCGCUUUUCAAUUCAGCUACUAUACUUGCAUGAAUUUUCCUUUUUAAAAUCAUAUGAAGGAUACUGCUCAUGGAGAAAGAUAUUAGGAUUAGGCUGAGUACAAAAAUGUCACAAAGAAAAAUGUCGAAAAUGAUGCUAAAAGGAUACAAAAAAGAAGCAGUGAAUAAAUCCACUGUAAAGAUGUAGUCAUUCUGAAUGAAAAAAUAUUGUAAGCUAAAACAGUCAAACCUCAUUACAUCAAAAACAACUAUUUAAAAAUCAGUAUGCUCCAAUCCCAUGGAACUCCAUUAUAGUGAAGAAAUGUGUGAUUUCCAAUGACAAUGUUGGACCACCCGUUCAGUUGAUCUGCCAAUUGUCAUUUGAACACAAUUUUGCUCAGCUUUGGCAUUUUUUUGUAAUCUUUUCCCAAUACAAAAUAACCAAGUCUGGAGGCAUUCUUCUGCCAAAGGAAUUUGUCUCGGUCAUCCUGGAAGUAGUUCCAAAGAUCAUGGUUGUAUCUGGAGUCAAAAAUUCUUAACAGCCCUUUCCUAAAAUGCAAACCUGCAAAACUAAAGGGGCAAUUAGCUAGUAAUAAUGAGAUUUAACUGCUUUUCCAAGUACCUAGAGCUUUUGUGUAUAGUUAGAAUAUUAACAUUAUGAGUAUACUAGUAUUGGACAUUGUCUGUGUUAUUACUUGUCUUUGCCACUGAAUGGGUGCUAGUAAUAAUACUUUAUAAAUUAAUUGCCUUAUAUAUGUAUGUCUGGUAUGUAUCUGUUGUUAUAUGGGUUGUGCACAGAACUGUGUCUUAUUGUUCAAAAUUGUGGUCAUUGUGACAGAAUUGUACCUGUGCCUUCUCUAAGAUUUUGCAAAAGGCACACUCUCAUAAACACAACUUAUCUUUAAAAAUCCCUUUACUCAAAUAUAAUCUACUCUUUAGACACAAGUUGAAAGUUUUUGUGAUUAAAUAAUCAUAAUUAUUGGUCAUAUAAAGCAAUGCUUUCAUUAAGUCUCUUUUUUAAAAUAUUAUUUUUAUUGUUUCUGUAACAUAACAUUGUCCUUGCAAGAGGUCUAUUGUGCGUUAGUUUGUGUACCAACUAAGCUGUGUUUCGCUACUAAUCACACUGCACCUUAUUAGGUAAUUGCUUUUUAGGGGCUCUUGUACAGAUGCCCCCAUGAAUGUCAGAACACACUUAAUGAACACCCCAAGGUGAUUGUAACCUUUCAGGAGUGUUGAAAUGAAAAGCAAGGUUUUCAAGUAAAUAAAAAGUUCUUCGUAUUUCCAUAGUA